AUGUUGAUCCAAGUUUGCGUGUAUUUUUACUGUAAGUGCCUGUGGCGCUGUAUGAAAUUCGUGGUGAGGAAACUAACAGGACGGUGUGAGCUACAAAGAAUCUGUUACAAUAACAAGCCAGGAGCCGGCAGAACCAUGAAAAUAGAAUCAUCACUGAGGGGUUCAAAAAGUAAGCUGUUGCAGACUUCAGUCAGCGUUCACCCUGAUGCCAUUGAAAAGACUGUCGAUGAUAUCAUGGAACUGAAAAAAAUCAACCCUGACAUAAAUCCACAGUUGGGGAUCUCUCUCCAGGCUUGUCUUCUGCAAAUUGUAGGAUAUCGAAACCUCAUUGCAGAGGUUGAAAAGCUGCGCAGAGAACCGUAUGAUUCGGAUAAUCCCCAACAUGAAGAAAUGCUUUUGAAGUUAUGGAAAUCCUUGAAGCCUGAUACUCCUCUGGAAGCUCGGAUUUCUAAGCAGUGGUGUGAAAUUGGUUUCCAAGGUGAUGAUCCUAAAACAGAUUUUCGAGGGAUGGGACUUCUGGGACUGUAUAAUUUGGAGUAUUUUGCUGAAUGGGAUGUUGUAACAGCUCAACAGGUGCUCUCUGAUUCCCUUCAUCCAAAAUACAGGGAGGUCACAAAAGAAGAAAUAAGCAAAUUCAGCAAAGCAGAAUGGGAAAAGAAAAGGUUGGAUAAAGCAAUUGGGUAUUCUUUUGCCAUUGUGGGUAUCAAUAUUACUGACCUGGCCUAUAACCUGCUGGUAAGCGGCGCUCUGAAAACCCAUUUCUACAAUGUUGCACCAGAAGCCCCAACCUUGUCUCACUUCCAGCAAACGUUCUGCUAUUUGAUGCAUGAAUUUCAUAAGUUUUGGAUUGAGGAAGACCCCAUGGAUAUUAUGGAGUUUAAUCGUGUGCGGGAAAAAUUCCGCAAGAGGAUCUUAAAACAGCUGCAGAAUCCAGACAUGGCACUAUGCCCCCACUUUGCUGCCUCAGAAGGUUUAAUCAAUAUGUAG